CUACAGUACUUCACUAAACUGGCUAGACUACAGUACUUCACUAAACUGGCUAGACUACAGUACUUCACUAUCACUAGGCUGGCUAGACUACAAUACUUCACUAAACUGGCUAGACUACAGUACUUCACUAUCACUAGGCUGGCUAGACUACAAUACUUCACUAAACUGGCUAGACUACAGUACUUCACUAGGCUGGCUAGAUUACAGUACUUCACUAUCACUAGGCUGGCUAGACUACAGUACUUCACUAAACUGGCUAGACUACAGUACUUCACUAUCACUAGGCUGGCUAGACUACAGUACUUCACUAUACUGGCUAGACUACAGUACUUCACUAGGCUGGCUAGACUACAGUACUUCACUAUCACUAGGCUGGCUAGACUACAGUACUUCACUAUCACUAGGCUGGCUAGACUACAGUACUUCACUAAGCUGGCUAGACUACAGUACUUCACUAGAAUGGCUAGACUACAGUACUUCACUAUCACUAGGCUGGCUAGAAUACAGUACUUCACUAUCACUAGGCUGGCUAGACUACAGUACUUCACUAUCACUAGGAUGGCUAGAAUACAGUACUUCACUAUCACUAGGCUGGCUAGACUACAGUACUUCACUAGAAUGGCUAGACUACAGUAAUUCACUAUCACUAGGCUGGCUAGACUACAUUACUUCACUAAGCUGGCUAGACUACAGUACUUCACUAGGCUGGCUAGACUACAGUACUUCACUAGGCUGGCUAGACUACAGUACUUCACUAUCACUAGGCUGGCUAGACUACAGUGCUUCACUAUCACUAGGCUGGCUAGACUACAGUACUUCACUAUCACUAGGCUGGCUAGACUACAGUACUUCACUAUCACUAGGCUGGCUAGACUACAGUACUUCACUAUCACUAGGCUGGCUAGAAUACAGUACUUCACUAUCUCUAGGCUGGCUAAAUAAAGUACUUCACUAUCUCUAGGCUGGCUAGACUACAGUAUUUCACUAGGCUGGCUAGACUCAAGUACUUCACUAUCUAUAGGCUGGCUAUACUACAGUACUUCACUAUCACUAGGCUGGCUAGACUACAGUACUUCACUAAGCUGGCUAGACUACAGUACUUCACUAUCACUAGGCUGACUAGACUACAGUACUUCACAAGGCUGGCUAGACUGAAGUACUUCACUAUCACUAGGCUGGCUAGACUACAGUACUUCACUAAGCUGGCUAGACUAAAGUACUUCACUAUCUAUAGGCUGGAUAUACUACAGUAAUUCAUUGUCACUAGGCUGGCUAGACUACAGUACUUCACUAUCACUAGGCUGGCUAGACUACAGUACUUCACUAUCACUAGGCUGGCUAGACUACAGUACUUCACUAAGCUGGCUAGACUACAGUACUUCACUAUCACUAGGCUGGCUAGACUACAGUACUUCACUAGGCAGGCUAGACUACAGUACUUCACUAUCUCUAGGCUGGCUAGACUACAGUACUUCACUAGGCUGGCUAGAAUACACUACUUCACUAUCACUAGGCUGGCUAGACUACAGUACUUCACUAUCACUAGGCUGGCUAGACUACAGUACUUCACUAAGCUGGCUAGACUACAGUACUUCACUAUCACUAGGCUGGCUAGACUACAGUACUUCACUAGGCAGGCUAGACUACAGUACUUCACUAUCUCUAGGCUGGCUAGACUACAGUACUUCACUAGGCUGGCUAGAAUACACUACUUCACUAUCACUAGGCUGGCUAGACUACAGUACUUCACUAUCACUAGGCUGGCUAGACUACAGUACUUCACUAUCACUAGGCCGGCUAGACUACAGUUCUUCACUAUCACUAGGCUAGUUAGAUUACAAUACUUCACUAUCUCUAGGCUGGCUAGACUACAGUACCUCACUAUCUCUAGGCUGGCUAGAUUACAGUACUUCACUAUCUCUAGGCUGGCUAGACUACAGUACUUCACUAACACUUAACUGGCUAGACUACAGUACUUCACUAGGCUGGCUAGACUACAGUACUUCACUAUCACUAGGCUGGCUAGACUACAGUACUUCACUAUCACUAGGCUGGCUAGAUUACAGUACUUCACUAUCAAUAGGCUGGCUAGACUACAGUACUUCACUAUCACUAGGCUGGCUAGACUACAGUACUUCACUAUCACUAGGCUGGCUAGACUACAGUACUUCACUAUCACUAGGCUGGCUAGACUACAGUACUUCACUAUCUCUAGGCUGGCUAGAUUACAGUACUUCACUAUCUCUAGGCUGGCUAGACUACAGUACUUCACUAUCUCUAGGCUGGCUAGAAUACAGUACUUCACUAGGCUGGCUAGACUACAGUACUUCACUAGGCUGGCUAGACUACAGUACUUCACUAUCUCUAGGCUGGCUAGACUACAGUACUUCACUAUGCUGGCUAGACUACAGUACUUCACUAUCACUAGGCUGGCUAGACUACAGUACUUCACUAUCACUAGGCUGGCUAGAAUACAGUACUUCCCUAGGCUGGCUAGACUACAGUACUUCACUAUCACUAGGCUGGCUAGAAUACAGUACUUCCCUAGGCUGGCUAGACUACAGUACUUCACUAGGCUGGCUAGACUACAGUACUUCACUAUCACUAGGCUGGCUAGACUACAGUACUUCACUAUCACUAGGCUGGCUAGACUACAGUACUUCACUAUCACUAGGCUGGCUAGACUACAGUACUUCACUAGGCUGGCUAGACUACAGUACUUCACUAUCACAAGACUGGCCAGACUACAGUACUUCACUAGGCUGGCUAGAAUACAGUACUUCACUAAGCUGGCUAGACUACAUUACUUCACUAAGCUGGCUAGACUACAGUACUUCACUAUCACUAGGCUGGCUAGACUACAGUACUUCACUAUCUCUAGGCUGGCUAGAUUACAGUACUUCACUAUCUCUAGGCUGGCUAGACUACAGUACUUCACUAUCACUAGGCUGGCUAGACUACAGUACUUCACUAUCACUAGGCUGGCUAGACUACAGUACUUCACUAGGCUGGCUAGACUACAGUACUUCACUAUCACUAGGCUGGCUAGACUACAGUACUUCACUAUCUCUAGGAUGUCUAGAUUACAGUACUUCACUAGGCUGGCUAGACUACAGUACUUCACUAUCACUAGGCUGGCUAGACUACAGUACUUCACUAGGCUGGCUAGACUACAGUACUUCACUAUCACUAGGCUGGCUAAACUACAGUACUUCACUAGGCUGGCUAGACUACAGUACUUCACUAUCACUAGGCUGGCUAGACUCCUUUACUUCACUAUCACUAGGCUGGCUAGACUACAGUACUUCACUAUCUCUAGGCUGGCUAGAUUACAGUACUUCACUAUCUCUAGGCUGGCUAGACUACAGUACUUCACUAUCACUAGGCUGGCUAAACUACAGUACUUCACUAGGCUGGCUAGACUACAGUACUUCACUAUCACUAGGCUGGCUAGACUACAGUACUUCACUAUCUCUAGGCUGGCUAGACUACAGUACUUCACUAUCACUAGGCUGGCUAGAUUACAGUACUUCACUAUCUCUAGGCUGGCUAGACUACAGUACUUCACUAUCACUAGGCUGGCUAGACUACAGUACUUCACUAUCACUAGGCUGGCUAGACUACAGUACUUCACUAGGCUGGCUAGACUACAGUACUUCACUAUCACUAGGCUGGCUAGACUACAGUACUUCACUAUCUCUAGGAUGUCUAGAUUACAGUACUUCACUAGGCUGGCUAGACUACAGUACUUCACUAUCACUAGGCUGGCUAGACUACAGUACUUCACUAAACUGGCUAGACUACAAUACUUCACUAUCAUUAGGCUGGCUAAACUACAGUACUUCACUAGGCUGGCUAGACUACAGUACUUCACUAGGCUGACUAGACUGCAGUACUUCACUAUCACUAGGCUGGCUAAACUACAAUACUUCACUAGGCUGGCUAGACUACAGUACUUCACUAAGCUGGCUAGACUACAAUACUUCACUAGAUUGGCUAGACUACAUUAUUUCAAUAUCACUAGGCUGGCUAGACUACAGUACUUCACUAUAACUAGGCUGGCUAGACUACAGUACUUCACUAUCACUAGGCUGGCUAGACUACAGUACUUCACUAUCACUAGGCUGGCUAGACUACAGUACUUCACUAUCUCUAGGCUGGCUAGACUACAGUACUUCACUAUCACUAAGCUGGCUAGACUACAGUACUUCACUAACACUAGUUCUUGUCUAAACUGGCUUGGCUGCCUUGUAAGUCCUUGUCAUGAACCAUAUACACAAGUGCUCUCUGUUCUCCUCCACUCCAUUAGAAUAUAAUUAUCAGGCUGGACCAGAUGAACAUGGCUAAUGAACAGAUCAUAGGAGGUGUGGGAUGGGACGUCCUCUGUGUGCGUGUGUGUGUGUGUCUGUGCGUGUGUGCUUGCGUGUGUGUUUGUGUGUGACAGCCCUUGCUGUAUGGGGCAAAUCUACUUCCUCCCUCAGUCUUUCAAUAGUUCAGUUUUUUAUAACCCCUCUUUUCCCUUUCACCAAACCCACUCCAUCUCCCCGGGGCAUUGUGGAGAUCAGGCUAGGUGACAUCCAGCCCUACUCUGUGUCCUUUAGUGUCCGAUAAGUGUUUCUCCUCAUCAGCCUUCCUCAGCCUAGCAAGGCCUCACUAAUGGGUUUGGCUGGCAGAUGUACAUCUAUUCACCCAUCCCUCCCUCCCUCCCUCCCUCACCCUGCUCUCUCUUUAGCUGGUAGGCAAACAUCCCUCCCUCCCUGCCUGCCUCUCUCCCUCCCUCCCUCACCCUGCUCUCUCUUUAGCUGGUAGGCAAACAUCCCUCUCUCCCUCCCUCCGCUCUCUCUGCUCAGCUCUCUUUCUCUCUCUUUAGCUUGCAGGUAUACAUCCCUCCAUCUCUCUCUUCCUCCAUCCCAGCCAGAGCCACAUCGCUCUUCCUCCAUCCCAUCCAGAGCCGGCUCUGUCUUCCUCCAACCCAGCCAGAGAUACCUCUCUCUGCUCUCUCACCUCUCAAUUAUUCACUCUCCACUUCUAUGCAAAUAGUGUCCUAUCUAGGAGAAUAUCUGCUAUUUCUGUGUUCUGAUAGGUGGGGCCAGGGAGACUGGUUGGCUAAGACAUAUGGUGUGGCGUAGUGUAGUGCACCCGCCAUGUCGCAAUCCCUCAUCUCCUAGUAGGGGAAGGCUCCAUCACACACACGUAAACACACACACUGAGAGACCUGAACCAUUAGGGGCUGAUCUAUCGAGCUGCUCUGCACCGUUCACAAGUGGUAACACUCUCCUGCUAGUUCCUUAGCAACCGCCACAAGCACUUGUCUCCUCUCUCUCUCUCUCUCUCUCUCUCUCUCUCUCUCUCUCUCUCUCUCUCUCUCUCUCUCUCUCUCUCGCGCUCUCGCUCUCGCUCUCUCUCUCUCUCGACAGGUGUUGACCUCCCCAAGGAGUUACAGGCCACAAAACAGAACUACAGACAGGUGCUGAUCUCCCCAAGGAGUUACAGCCCACAAAACAGAGGGAUCGUUUAGAAAAUAUAUACAAUAGGAGCUGUCAUUUAGAAAGCAGAUCAAUGUACAGGGAAACCGUACACACCAUUUCAUCUUUCAUCUUUCAGGUCUCAGGACACAGUAGUACACAUUAGUACACAGUCGAUCCAUCUUUCAGAGAUCUGUACACAGUACUACACAGUAUAUCGUUUCGUCCCUCAGGUGUGUGUGUUGGUGAAUUCAGAGGGUGAAUGAAGGGCAGAAGGCCUGGAGGACUGAGGGC